AUGGCCACAGCUGUGGGCCGAAGCGCCCUGGAUGUGGAGGACGACACCUCACUAACCACCUUCCUGGACGAUAGCAGUUCCAGCGCCUCAAGCCAGGCCCGGUGUAGGAGGACUUGCAGGCGCUGGCGAUGCUGCAAAAUCACGUGCAUUGUUCUGGUGGCGCUCCUUGUGCUGCUGGGCAUCGUUGUAGGCAUCAACAUCUCUCAACGAUCAGCGCUACUGGAGCCAAUGCUACAGCUCUUGACGCAGGAAACGAGCUUUUGCCAUGCACCGGCACGCGGGACCUGCGUAGCGGAGCUUUCCGACGAAAGCCUGCGAAGGUAUGAUCUCCAUCCGCCUGCAGCAGAGAAGGCAUUGAUGGGUUUCAUGUACGUGCAAGUUGCUCAGAGACAACCAGAAAUCAUGCGCGAGAUCUUGAGUGGCGCCCAUUUGGUUCUGCUGAAAGAUCAGGUGGAAUCCAUGGCUGGUCCCGUCUCUGCCUAUGAGAUGCUGGAACACUGGCCUGGUGCCUACAAGAGGAUGUCUUCUCACAGGAGUGAUGCGCAACAGUACGGCAUCCCACAGGGCGAGGUGCUUCAUACCAUUCUCUUGGGCAAGAUCGGCGGUAAGACCUGGUUCCAGUUUGAAGGCAAUGGCGUUAAUGGAGUUGUCACCUUCAUUCUGCACAUGUGCGACUAUGUGGAGUAUAAACUCACAGGUCGCAACAUAGGACCACUUGGCACCUCCAAGCACACGGACCGAAGUCCACUGCUGAUCCAACUUCCAGUGGCUAUGAAGAAGCAGGACGACAGCAGAAUGUCCAGUGAUUUGCAACAAGACAGGCCUGUUGGCCAUGGGCAGCAAGCCCUCCACAGCCUGACCUUGGUUCGAUCCCGGAAGGUUGGCGGCGAUGUGGGCCAUUGUGUAUCCAGUGGCCCGGUUUUUCCUCCGCCACCAUGUCAAAAGCCAGAAUCGUCAGGCGAGCCCAAGCUGGGCCAUUCAACUGAAUGGCUCUUCAGCUGCACUGAGAAGUGGAAAGAGAAAGAUCAGGAUAUUUCUGGGAAGGAUUCCAUUCAACAGCUUCAAGAAGGCUUCUCAGUCCGAAAGGCACUGGCGAUUGGCCAGUGUCUUUUUGUGCUGAGGUUACGCUGUUUGGCCAGGGCACCCAGGUGGUGGGAAGCUGUGAUUUACCUGCGGAAGCUGGGCUUCCUUCUGCUGGAGCUUGUUCCUGGGUCAAGGCCCAAGAUUUUCUGCUUCACAGUUUGCUGCUUGGCAGCCUUGCACGCCCAAGAGAUCUAUCGGCCCUUUGAUGAUCGGCAAGGCGGUCUCCUAAACCGCAUCGAACGGUACCAGCUUUGGUCCACCCUGACCCCAAGCCUGGCUACACUGUUGGCCUUCGAGCUGGAUAACUCCAGGACCUCAAGCAGAUCCUUGUGGAGUGCAAUCGUCGUGUUGUGCUUUGUCAGCCACGUGCUGUUCAUCAUCGUCUGGAUCUUCCAUUUUUUCCAGAACCCCCUGCGUCGCACCGCCUUUUGGAUGGCACAAUGGACACCCUCCGCGGAGAAAGGUUGGUAUCUGCGGAAUCUCAUCCUGCUGUCGCGCAGCUGGUGGGAAAGCAGCCUACGUGCACAGCCAUAUUUAGCUUUCCACUCAUUGCAUGGUUUCGUGACAGUGAGUGGCUCUGGCGGGGACAAGGCAUUGGUGCCUCACUUGCCCCAAGGUCACGAACUUCCAGAAGUCCUGCUGAACUCCGAUGAGUACAGACUCAGGUUCUCAUCCGUUCCAAGCUUCCUUGGCGAGGACAUUAUGCCAUCCUCACCUUCCAGGCUCCUGGUGCACAAGUACCUCAUGUCAGCAGUGAAAUAUGUGGUCACCAACUGUCACACCAUUAGCUCCAGUCUGUUGGACUUUGUGCUUCGUGCCGCCUUUGUCCUUCACAAAGAGCUGGUGUCUGCCAAGCAAGUAAGGAUGGUGGCGACUGAUGUAGCAAGGUCCAUCUUGGACAGAGCCAGUGAAGACAAGAACCCUGUCCUUCUGCGUGAUGAGGAAGAAGCCAGUGAAUCCAGCGACGAUGAAACGGAUGCAGCCAAGGAGCUUCAUAGCAAGGCCGCUGGCCGUGCUCUUGAAAAGGAGUUGCGGGAGCACCCCGAAAUGCUGAUGGAGUGGCAGGACUUCGAAGACCUGAAAGCUUUGGCCAAAGAGCUGCAAGCGAAAGGUCAAGGGGUCACGGCCAAAGACCUGGCAAUCCAACACGAAAGUCAGGAAACACCGCGCACACAGGUGGCACCGGUGGAUUCUGUGAGGAUCCGACCGCAGCAGGUGGACGAUGUCGAGCGGACCUACCGAAAGAAGGUUUCUGCCAUGUUCUCGCAGUGGACUUUCCAGCAUGGCAUGACUUUGGUGGAUCUACGGCAGGGCCUUGCCUUGCUACGACAGGUGCCUCCAAUGGAGCUACCGGUGUGGCUUGAUGCCUUUGAGCGGCAGUGGAUUCCAGAAUUACUGAGCUCCGAUCGUGUCAUUCGUCGCCCAGCCAUCUUGGAGGAGGAAGAAGCGCAAGCCAUCAAAGCUGUCAUCGAGUCGACCUUCACCGGGCGCGCGGUGACGCGACGAACGCGCAUACAGAAUGUGCAGAUGAAGAAGAACUGGGAAGUGGCAUUGGAGAAGGAAGAAACGAAGCUGGAAGUUGCUUUGAAGUGGACACGCUUGCUUUUCUGGGCCUAUUGCGGGCGGUUCUUCGUCUUCAAGAUUGCACAUCUGAAGUGCAUCACACAGCGAGAGAAGAGACAGCAACAAAGCUUCGCAGCAACGCUUCAGGCUCCAAACCUUGAGACGAUGAAGCUGGAACCCGAGUCGCAAGAGGCGCAGAUGCUGGGAGCAGAGCCAGUCCCAGAGCAACUCUCUCCUCCAGCGGCACCAGCAGUGCGGCAUUUCGAGGUGAAGAAGUCGGUGUUGCUGGCGAGUGAUCAGGCGCGGGCAAGGCUUUCCGAGAUGGCGUUUGAGCCGCGACGGACAAAACUGGCGACGCAACAUCUCGGUGAUUCUCGCUGUGUGGACCGCAGUGUUCUUUGA